CGAUCGCGAAUAAGGAUUAAGAUUGCUCGUACGAUACACUUUUAUUGAAACUUAUAAGACCACACCCAAAUCCAAUAAUUUCUGUUCUCAUUCCACCAUGUCCGUCUACCAAGCAACAACAUCUGCGCCAGUUAACAUCGCUUGCAUAAAAUACUGGGGCAAGCGCAAUGAGUCACUCAUCCUGCCCACCAACUCCUCGCUCUCCGUUACUCUGAGCCAGGACAACCUGCGCAGCACAACCACCGCACGCGCUGACCCUUCCUUCGCCGCUGAUUGCCUCUGGCUCAAUGGCAAGGUAGACCCGAUCAAAGCCGGCGGUCGUCUUCACACGUGCAUCACCGAAAUGAAGCGUCUCCGUGCAGCCUUUGAAGUAGCUAACCCCGAUCAACCAAAGAUCGCCGCUUUCAACGUCCACAUCUGCUCCUUUAACAACUUCCCCACCGCAGCUGGCCUGGCUUCCUCCGCUUCGGGCUUCGCAGCUCUCGUAUUCGCACUCGCUAAACUCUACGCGCUCCCUCAAACUCCUGAGGAACUCAGCCUCAUCGCCCGUCGCGGCUCCGGCAGUGCAUGUCGCUCCCUCUUCGGCGGUUUCGUCGCCUGGGACAUGGGCAGUGACGACGCAACCGGCCUAGACAGCAAAGCCCGCCAAGUCGCCCCAGAAUCCCACUGGCCCGAGAUGGAAGCCCUUAUCUGCGUCGUCAACGACGCCAAGAAAGGCACCAGCAGCACCAGCGGCAUGCAACGCACCGUCGUCACCUCCGCGCUCCUCCAGCACCGCAUCGGAUUCGUCGUUCCCUCCCGCAUGGCCGACAUCGAGCGUGCCAUCGCAGACAAGAAUUUCGGUGACUUUGCGGAGAUCACCAUGAGGGACUCGAACCAGUUCCAUGCUGUCGCUCUUGACACCUACCCCCCCAUUUUCUACAUGAACGACGUCAGUCGCUCCAUCAUCGCUAUCAUCACCGAGUACAACCGUCUCUCUGAGCAGCCCAAGGCUGCUUACACUUACGAUGCAGGCCCAAAUGCCGUCAUCUACGCACUCACUCCCAACGUCCGCGAGAUAGCACAGCUUGUUCUGUACUACUUCCCCCAAGCAGAGAAGGUCGUCAUCGGAGGGCAGGAAGUACAAGCUGCAUUGCCAGAGGGAUUCAAUGAGGCUGUUGCCAAGCGGUGGGAGUUGGGCGCUGUUAAGGGGCUUAUUCACACCCGUGUCGGUGACGGGCCCCGGGUUUUGAGAGAUAGCGAGGCGUUGUUGAAUGCCCAGGGCAUCCCCAAAACGCUUGCCUGAGUAAAAAUAGAACAAUUAUAAAAUCGCAUGUUAUUUUGUAUCUUAGGGUGGAAUUUGUUGCAAUUGCAUCUGAAUAUUUGAAUCAUA